UCGUUCCUGGAAACGUAAACAUACCGGAAAAACCUGAUGGCUUAUUGUUUUGUUGCAAAUCCAGAUGAUUGUAUCAAACAAAUUCUAAUUCUUUUUCACUGUCAAUCAAUUCACGCUUCCAAAGGGACAUUUGCCCUCUAGGUUUUGCUACAUAUGGUUUUUAUGCAUGAUUGGCGACAUUGGAAGUAUCGUUUCAGAGCAUAGUCCAUUUCUAUCAUCUUGUACUCUAGUCUUUUAAUCGACAACUGCCAAAAUGAUUGAAUACCUAUUAUUUCCGGCGGUAGCUCUCAUUGUGGCCGUUAUUGCGGCCUUUGCUUAUGUAUUCAAAACACGGCCUGGACAGGAUGGAACUCCGCCUGGACCCAUGGGCAUCCCAUUUUUGGGAUACAUACCAUUUUUGGGGAGUUAUCCAUGGAUCGGGCUGGAGAAAUUACGGGACAAAUAUCCGAAACUGGUAGCACUGUAUAUGGGAAAGGACUAUACAGUCGUUCUGCAGGACUACGAAGCGGUAGAAGCGGCGCUUAUCAAGCAGGACGAAAUGUAUCGCGGUCGACCGGAAGCGUUUCUUUUACGCUAUUUUCAAUCCGGCAGAGACGGAGAAGUGCAUGGAGUGUUGUUUCUUGAGGGGCCUAAAUGGGAAGCCACACAUGCGUAUCUGCGCGAAACCUUACGCGACGAUCUGGGAGCGUACACUCGUAAAAUGGAUGACAUCUGCGUGGAGGAAUGUCAGAAGAUGAUGCAGCGGUUUUUGGAACAGCGCGGCGCCUUCGUCCCCGACGACUUGAUUUAUCAUGCCAAAAUGAAUGCCAUGGGUCGACUGAUGUUUGGGCGGCCCCUCAGCGAUGCGGAAUUCGACAGGAUAACCAAGCAUGACGAUACAGCGUUUGCCCAGCUGGCCGGCGGUGUUGUCACCAUGUAUCCUUGGACGAGAUUCAUCCCCGGUCCAACAAUGAAGGGAUGGACAGAUGUGCAGUAUGCCGUCGAACAGCGUUUUCAGUUAAUGGAGAAAGAACUGGCCGAACACACGGCUACCUACCAGCAGGGAGUUAUUCGCGAUUUUAUGGAUGCCUAUUUGCGGCAUAUUAAGGAAGGCGAUAAUAAGGACCAACUGGCUAUGCAAAAUAAUGAUGACUUGAUGUGCACCGCGGCUGCGGCAUUUGCUGCCGGUUCAGAGGCGACGACGGUUUCGUUGUUGUGGGGCGUUCUCUACCUGGUGGCCCAUCCGGAAGUUCAGAAGAAAGUUCACGAGGAAUUGGACCGGGUUAUUGGUCGGAGUCGCGCCGUGCAUUACGAUGAUAUAGAUAAUCUGCCAUACACGGCUGCAACGGUGUACGAGUAUCUCCGCCUGGGUGGCAGCGCUCCACUGGGUAAUCCUCGAUCGACAUUUGAGGAGACCGAGCUGCUGGGAUACCGUAUUCCAAAACGCACCCAGAUUUUACCCAAUUUGCACGCCAUUAACCGUAAUCCGCAGUAUUAUGAUGAUCCGCUCAGUUUCAAGCCGGAACGCUUCAUUGGACCGGAUGGAGAAGUGCACUUACCGAAACAGUUCAUGCCGUUCUCCGUCGGCACGCGUUUCUGUCCCGGGGUGGAUGCGGCGAAGACCCUGACUUUCACCUUCUUCGCCAAUAUGAUGCACAAACUGGACAUCCGGUCAGCCAAAGGACAGGAUCUGCCGCCGUUUGAUGAAUAUCGUGUGGGAAUCUCAUCGCGUCCGCUGGAAUUCAAAAUUGAAGCUGUAGAACGUGGUACUGGAUUUUGAUGUAUUAAAUUGGUCUCGUGUUCUUGCAGGAUGUUUAAUAACAGUUGUAGCAAAUAUUUAUGCUUUUACUAGGGUAAUGGAAAGUUUUUGUACAUAUUUCUGUGUCUGUGUUUUUCUCAGUUUUGCGUUAAAUAUCUGUCCGUGAUGCCUUCUGUACAGCAGUACUGUCCACGAAUGGUCAAGAUCUUCGAGUUUUGGUGCCUUCUGAUUAGUAUUAAAGGUAAAACUUUUCG